AUGCCCACCGUCCCCAACUUCGACAUUCCUGAUUCCCCACCUCCUCCGCCCAGAAAUAGCGAAAAAGCCGCUGCUCUGGCAGCUACCACGAAGAAAUUCGAGCACUUUCUCGAUCUCAAAAAGCAAGGAAUUCAUUUCAACGAGCGGUUGCAGUCCUCGUCAUCUCUGCGUAAUCCAAGCCUGCUUCCCAAGCUCAUGGACUUUGCAGCAAUCAGCACUUUGGACAGCUACAAGAGCGCGUUGCCUGAGGGUAUUGCAGUGCCAUCGGCAUGGCCCGAUCAAAGCUAUGCGGAGAAUUUGCUUCGGCAGAAUGAGAGGAACGAGAAGAAGAGGCUGGCCCAGAGGAGGGAGCUAGAUUUUGUCCCGGCGUCUAAGCCCGCUAUUUCAAGCACUGCCGAUAAGUCUGCGAGCGGCAGCAAUGAUGCGCGAAAGAGCAAGUUCGACAAACGAUGA